AAAAGUGAGGCAAUAGUGGGAGAAAAUUCAUCGGAUGUGAGUUCUGUGUUAAGCAAAGUAAGUAAACUCUAUGAAGAGACUCAGGAAGCGGUGGACAAUGUGUUCAGUAAGGGCUUAGAGCCCUUUUCGAGGACGAGUGAGUUCUUCGUCAAAGCGUUCAAAGCCUACAGUAUUGUUGAGCCGACGACGAGGGAGACGAAGGACGCGGACAAAGCGCUGCGGACUGUGUUUGGGCUCACAAGUGGUUUACUCCCAGACACUAAUGACUCUAUGAAUACAUUUUGCGAGCAACUGAAGGAGCGCCAGGAGAUCGUACAUAACUAUGUGGUCCGCAAAUACACGUUUAACAUGAUAUGUCGAUUGGCUUUCCAUUUGGCACAAAACGCUAUUCACAAACAAAACGACUUUUACUGCGAAUCCCCGGAAAACAGAGAAGAGUUUAUGAGAAAUGCCAUUCAAAUGAAACAAUACGACAAAGCGUUAGCGCCUAUCAGAUAUGAAUUCAAAUUGAAUUUAAUCGCAAUACAGGAUACAAAUCUGGGAUUUAGUAAAUUACGCGCCUUUUGUUGAAUAACGUGUCUAAAAGAGGGCGGAUUUUUCGAGCACUGGAUGUUAAACGAAAGCCAAAGACUAAUGAAUAGAUCCGAAAGAGGCAGCGAUGGCGGCGACGACGACGACGAAAGUUUGGGCAAAAUUCAAA